UAGAAAUCAAUUUAGUUUAGUAUUAGUAUUUACUUUAAAAACAACUAUGUGAGAAAACCUAAAUAAAAAUAAAUAAAAAAAACAUGACCAAUACGGUAAAAUGUCCCGAAUGUCUGAAAGUUUUCAAAACUAAAGUCACUUUAAAAUAUCACCGUUAUAGCCAUCAAACCGGUACUGGAGACUUCAUCUGCAGUUAUGAAGAUUGUCGACGCUCGUUUAAGAAUCCCAAACGUUUGAGUGAUCAUAAAAGACGUUAUCAUUUGAAUACUGAAAAUUAUAUAUGUGAAUAUUGUGGGUAUCACACGCGCAUUAGAUGUAAUCUAACGGUUCACCGACGUCAGCAUACUGGUGAACGGCCCUAUUGUUGUGUGAAUUGCGGUAAUAGUUUUGCCUCUUCGUAUCAAUUGGCGGUACAUCGUGAAAUUCACACAUCAGAGCGUAAAUAUUGUUGUAUUAUUUGUGCCGAAAGUUUUAACGAUUCAAAGGCUUUGUAUCAUCAUCAGGCGUUACAUGCGGAGGAAAAUAAAUAUGUUUGUAAUUUGUGUGCAAAAUCUUAUAGGCAAUCGGCUGGUUUGUCACAGCACAUGAGAUGGCAUAGAAAGCAGCAGGAACGUUGUACGGAUGUUAUAAAAAUUGUUAAAUAAAAUAAAAGAUUACAAAAAGGAUAAAAAUUUGUGACCA